AUGGUGAAACUGAAGUGGGGUAUGGAAUACAAGGGAUAUCUGGUCUCUGUGGAUGGCUACACGAACAUGCAACUCACCAAUGCAGAAGAGUAUAUUGAUGGAUCAUUGUCUGGACAUCUUGGAGAAGUUCUAAUAAGGUGUAAUAAUGUGUUAUAUAUACGUGGAGUAGAAGAGGAGGAAGAAGAUGGUGAGAUCAGAGAAUAA